GACAUAUAUAGCUAGCUAACUCAUCAUACUUACAGAGAGCUUCAAGGCUGCAGGAGAUCACUCGCAGAGACUUACUCUGUUCAGAAUGGGGGUUUUGCUUGUUCUCACCGCCCUUGUGGUGGUGGCCGGUGCUGCCAAUGUCUCUCUGGAGGAUCUGGAGUUCCAUGACUGGAAAGUAAAGUUUGGUAAGAGUUAUGGUUCAGUGGAAGAAGAGUCUCAGCGUAAGAUGAUCUGGCUGGACAAUCGUAAGCUGGUGCUGGAGCACAACAUGCUGGCUGACCAGGGCAUCAAAAGCUACAGACUCGGCAUGAACCACUUUGCAGACAUGGACAAUCAGGAGUACCAGCAGAUGCUGAACGGCUGCCUGGGAUCCUUCAAUGAGUCCGAGAUCGAGAGUGCGACUAUGUUUCUCCAACCAGUAGAGGGCGCUGCUCUGCCCCGAGCUGUGAAUUGGAGGAAAAGGGGCUAUGUGACCAGGGUUAAGGACCAAAGUCAUUGUGGCUCCUGUUGGGCCUUCAGUGCGGCGGGGGCGCUCGAGGGUCAGAUGUACAAGAAGACAAAGAAGCUGGUAAGCUUAAGCGAACAACAGCUGGUGGACUGCUCCCGGAGUUUUGGAAACCAUGGCUGUCGAGGUGGUUGGCCGUACAAGGCCUUCAAGUACAUCAAGUCCAGUGGAGGCCUGGAGAAAAUGAGCACUUAUCCAUAUCAGGCCAAGGAAGGUGAAUGCAGGUUUAAUAACGCAAGAGCCUGGGCUAAAUGCUCCAACUACAAAUGGGUGAAACCCACAGAAAAUGCUCUGCAGUCCGCAGUGGCCAAAAUCGGACCCAUUUCUGUUCUCAUAAAUGCCUCCCGGCACAGCUUCCAGCUCUAUGAGUCAGGUGUGUAUGAUGAGCCGAACUGCAGCAGCUCUAAGCUGAGUCACGCCGUCCUGCUUGUUGGUUACGGCACUGAAGGUAACACACAGGACUACUGGCUGGUCAAGAACAGCUGGGGUGUUAACUGGGGUGAUAAAGGCUACAUCAAGAUGUCCAGGAACAAGAAUAACCAGUGUGGUAUUGCCAAACAUGCUGUCUACCCUGAGGUUUAAAGACUGAAGAGAACCAGAACCUGAAAACCCCACAGAGGUUUUAUUAAAUGAUUCAGAGGAGAAAAAAAACAAAAAAAAAAAACGUUACGUCUGAAUUUAUUUUCCUUUUUUAGUUCAUUUGAAGUGGA